AUGGUUGUCAUCACAUAUUGUGUCGAAUACGCCGAGUCACAGAAGAGUGUCUGCCUCAAGUGCAACAAGGUCAUCCCCAACAAGUCCCUCCGUGUCGGCCGGAUGGAGCGGACCUCUGAGAAGGAGAAGAAGAAGUUUGCAAAGUUUCGUUGGUACCAUUUCAAGUGCUUCGAGGUCCCCGAGAUUUUGACCAAGCUCCCUGUGCAUUUGAUCCGUGGACAAGUUAACCUGUUGGACAAGGACAAGUUGCGUCUGGAAAAGGUGAUCAAGUUGGGAGUAGGCGCAUCAUGGAGCCAGAUCGUGGACCAGCACAAGAAGAAGGCCAAGGAGGAAGAAGAAGCCGCCGCUGCCGAGGCUCUUGAGAACGGCACGCCUCUCCCACCCAAGCCCUCAAAAGACGACCUCAUGGAUUCUGACGAUGAUGGGGCCAAUGCCAAGGAUUUCACAUCACAGUUGACGGGUGAGGUCGACCGGAAACAGGAGCGCAAGAACCGAAAGGUCAACAAGUUGAAGGCCAAGACCGAUGGUGCCAAGGUUGCUAAGAAGGAGUCAGCAGGAAACAAGGGAACGAAAAACAACAACAAGGAUACCAAGCCCAUGUCGGCCGUUGCUAUGGCUAUUGCUGCAACGCGGGAGGAUAGUCAGAAGAAGAUGGAGCAGAUGAAGAACAAGUUCGGCAAGAAGUAA